AUGAGUUCCGGCGGGGGAGAUGCGAAGCUGUUCGCGAGGGGCAAAGUUGCGGAGCUCCGCCAGGAACUUAACAGCGGUGGCAAGAAGGAUCGAAACCACUCUGCGAAGAAGAUUGCGCUGAAGAAGAUCGUCGCUAAUAUGACCAUGAGCAAUAACGAUAUGGUUGCGCUGUUCCCAGACGUGAUUGCCUGUAUGAAUAUUCCGAGCUUGGAAAUUAAGAAAAUGUGCUUUUUGUUUCUCGUCAACUAUGCCAAAUCGAGACCAGAAGUGGCUCUCGACGCCUUGCCAAUUUUGAUCAAUGUAUGGAAUCUGAGAAAGAGAGUUGAUAUGGAAGAUUCGAAUCCCCUCGUGCGGGCUCUUGCCUUGCGGACGAUAUCUUAUAUUCACGUCCCCAAAUUUGUAGAAGCGGCAGUCCAGCCUCUCAAAUACCUAUUGAAAGACGACGACCCCCCGCGACUCGUGGAGAAAUCCGACUUGAUCCUUCGAUUGAAUGAAAUGCUCAAGGACGAUAACCCGACUGUCGUAUCGAGUGCUUUGGCUGCAUUGACUGACCUGUGGGAACGCAGCGAGUCUAUUCAUCUUACGAUCGAUUAUAAAAGUGCAUCCAAAAUAGUUUCCAUCCUCCCAGAUUGUUCCGAAUGGGGCCAAACCUACAUUUUAGAAGCAUUAAUGGCUUACGUCCCGCAGGAAUCAGCAGAGGCGCUUCUCUUGGCCGAGAGAAUCGCGCCUCGUCUGUCGCAUUCUAAUGCAGCCGUUGUUUUGACCGCUAUUCGCGUCAUCCUUUAUUUGACGAACUAUAUAUCCGACGAAAAACAGAUCACCUCACUCUCACGAAAGCUUUCUCCACCCUUAGUCACCCUACUAUCCAAGGGCCCAGAGGUUCAGUACCUCGCACUGCGAAAUGCCAUCUUGAUAUUGCAGAGGCGACCCGAAGUGUUGCGGAACGAUAUCCGUGUGUUCUUUUGCAAAUACAAUGACCCUAUUUAUGUCAAAGUGACGAAACUAGAGUUGAUAUUUAUGCUAGCAACCAAAGAAAAUAUUUCUGUUGUAUUGACAGAGUUGAGAGAAUAUGCUACUGAGAUCGACGUCCAUUUCGUUCGCAAAGCUGUUCGCGCGAUUGGUAAAUUAGCAAUCAAGAUCGAAUCCGCUGCGAGGCAAUGUAUUGAAACGCUGAUCGAUUUGGUCAAUGCAAAAAUCCCCUACAUCGUUCAGGAGGCCACAGUAGUGAUCAAAAAUAUAUUUCGAAAAUACCCAAAUCAAUAUGAGGGGAUCAUCGGCACUAUUAUCCAGAAUAUCGACGAGCUGGACGAACCCGAGGCCAAAGCCGCAGUUAUCUGGAUCAUUGGCCAAUAUGCUGACCGUAUCGAAAACUCAGACGGGUUUCUCCAAGAUUAUCUCGCAACCUUCCAUGACGAAACAGUCGAGGUGCAGCUCGCCCUUCUCACCGCUACGGUGAAACUCUUUAUCCAACGCCCAACAAAAGGCCAACAACUUGUCCCACAGGUCCUUAAAUGGUGUACUGAAGAAACCGAUGACCCAGACCUCCGUGAUCGAGGUUAUAUGUACUGGAGACUCCUUUCCACGGACCCCAACGCUGCACGAAACAUUGUAAUGGGCGAAAAACCCCCUAUAACCGCAGAGAGCGAAAAGCUGAACCCUGCCUCCCUCGAAGAACUCUGUCUAAACGUCGGAACCCUCGCAACUGUCUACCUGAAGCCUGUCCAACACGUCUUCCGCAGCGCGAGACCCAAGCGUCUAACUCCAAGUCCCGCGUUGCAAAGACCGCCACCAGACCAUGCUGGAGAUCUCUCUUUGUCGUUCCAACAGAGUCGUAAUAUCACGUCCGACGCUGCUACAUCCACUACCUCUGGCAAAGGUGGCCUCGCCGCUGCUGUUAGUGCUGCGGAUGAAUAUUUCGCUACUACCGGAACCCAGCAGAUGGCGGCUUUGAACCUCAACAACGGCGUUGGAGGGGGCGGUGCACCACAGACCCAGUAUGUGGUUAAUCAGAACCAGCAGCAGGCAUAUCAGCCUGGUGUUGCUGGUGGAGCCGCGACGGGAGAGUUACUUCUCAUUUGA